AUGGUAAAUUUGAGUCAGUACGUUGAGCCGACGGAUGUAACAUUCGAAUGGAUUGUGGAGCAAUUGGACGGGAAAGACAAGAGGUGGGACAAAUUGAGGAAGGAAAGAAAGAAAAUUAGUCGGGUAAGGGCAUUUAUUCUUUUUUAUUAUAGAGGAAUUUGUUUUGGAUCCAAAGUUACACGAUUUAUGUAAUAAAAAAUUUUUUUGACAUAAAAAUGCUUGUGGUUAUAAAUAAUUGCGUGAUCGUUCCAGAUCACCUAUGAAAUCAUCAGUGGCGGAUAUUUGUCUAACGUGGCCAAAGUUGAUAUCUAUUUUAGCUCAUUUCUUGCUCCAUUCACCUUCUACCUCAAGGUAAUUAACUUUUUUAGUCAUCAAAACAUCAUUUUAGGCUCCCUGUAUGAAUAAAUUUAAAGUUCUCGGCGAAAACAAGUCUCUUUACGGCUUUAUCGACCAAAUGGCCAAUGGUCUCAUCUAUUACCACAACCACGAAGUCUUAUUCUACACUCUAGUGGCGCCAAAUUACCCGUACUUGCAUUUCCCUCGAAUGUUUGGAUAUGAAGACAGCGAUAUGGAGACCCGAAGACAUGGACGUAUCUUGCUGGAGAGUCUAAAUGAUCGGGCCAUAAUGCCGGAUGUUGUUCAAGGUCUCUCAAUCGAGCAAUGCUGUCAUGUUGUGGAAGAGUUGGCUCGUUUUCAUGCAUACUCUCGAUGCAUGAAUAACUCGGAGGAGAUUAUGAGACAGCUCAGUGGAAAUCAUCGCCUUCAACUACACGAUGAUGAGUUGUAUAUAUGGAAAAGGAUCUUGGGAUUGAAUGAAAGCUACUUUAUCAAACACGAACGAGCUUAUAGGACACUGCUGGAGUCUGCUUAUGCUCAGCCUUAUCAACCACACACUGAUUUUGGUGAGUAACAUUACACAAAACGGCUCAUACCUCAUACAAUUUGGUCAAAGGUAAUCUUAGAUCCUCUAAACUUUAGGAAUCAAACCCGUGAUCUCUCAUGGCGACCUUUGGGCCAAUAAUAUCUUAUUUGAAAAGGAUGAACAUGGUCAUAUUUCCAACAAAGUCUACGCUUUUAUUGAUUGGCAGGCGGUCCACAUAGGUAUGUAAAUAGGUCUAUUAUUAGGUUAUAAAAGGUACUGGAAUCAAUGACCUGGUCCGGUUCAUCCUGAUCAGCACUUCGGCCAGUAUUCAGAAGAUGUGUACAGAUCGGUUCCUUCGCGUUUAUUAUGAGAAAUUAUGGACGGAAUAUCGACGACAAGGGAUGACGCCCGAUUUCUCGCUGGAUAAAGUGAGUUUGAGGCAAUAAAAGUUGUUUUGAAGUGUGAAAUAUGGGUCCCUGACCUAAGAAGUAGUUUUUUUAGCUCCGCGAAAUCUACAUGUUUCAUUAUCCGCAUGAAUGUAUAUUCGCGGCCAAUUUCCUGACCAUGGAAGCCCUCAAACAGACCGAUCCGUGGAGGAAACGCAAGCUUAUCGAACGCCUGAUCGCCAACUUUGAGCCCAUCCGGCCCAAAUUAGAGAGCAUGGUUAGCCUUGAACGUGAGGUUUAAGUGCUUGUAGAGAUUGUCGAUUCGAAUCACCCUCCGGCGCAGCCGCAUCAAGUAUCCGUUUCACAGAGACUUGCUGGGAUAG